AUGCCACCUUUUGUAAUCAACGUCAAUAACAGCGUUAUCAUCAAAGAUGUCACUGAGUGGCUGUGGGGCCAAGUGCAGGAUGUUAAUGAAGCUGGCUACCUGAUCAAUUUCGACAUUCCCCAGUAUCCCGCUCAAUGGAUACCGUUCGACAGAAUCUUUUUGCCGCCCAUCUCAAAGCCCUCCGGCCGUCAGCGGAAUGAGUACUCCCCUCUAGCGUUGAUAAAUCCACGUUCUACAUUGUAUGUCGCUGUUCGAUCGGACGAAAAGGAACCUUUCAAAUGGCAGCGCGCGAAAAGCUUUUUCCUGGAGUUUACGAAUACGAGUGCUACGCAUCGCUCGUACAUUAGCGCGGAAAUCGAACGCAACGGUCAAAAACAAUGGGAGAUUGUGCCGGCUGUGCGUACAUUUCAGCAUAAUAAUUACGGAUGGGCGUCAACAGACAAUGUUUUCACUACGCGUCCCGUCACGUCCGCGACCUUUUUCAAGGUGGAUCCCGCGGAGAGAGACGAGUAUGGCGCAACCCUGCUGGAAAAUGUAUUUAGCCGGCGGUCUAAAAAGUUUGCUGUCAGUUGUGUGACGGUUAACCGGCAGGAUGAUACUAUAACGUUGAUGGGUACAGCAUUCGGUAGUACGGGCUCCCAGCAAGUAAAUAGAAAGGCGUUUACAAAUAUCAUUGGUCUGCCGUUUUGGGAGCGCUGGACAGAGGACCUGGUGGAAGACGAUCAGGACGAGAGCGUACGAAAAGUGUGUCUUGAUGGAAUGGAAAUUAUGGAAUGCAUGUCAUCAGGGGAUGUCGGAGCCGACGGCGUACUUUGCGUGGACGUUGUUGUCGAGAUAUUCGGCUAUGUGGAUUCGCUGACUCAGUCUCUCUUGCGACAGGUUUGCAACAGAUGGGAUGAUAUUUUACACCAUGAAUCGUUUCGGAAAAACAUCUAUUUACAACGCCUUUCCGGAUCGGGCUGUCCUGGGUGCAGCUUUCUUUUCCAGUCGGCAUCUGACAAUGUUCGGGACGCUGGAGGGGAAAGCGUCAAGUAUUUAUCGCGAAAAAUUGCAAACCGGAUCAAUCGGUCCACGCUGUUAUUGCGACUGGAUGCCGUGGACUGGCUGGAAAUCCAGAAUGUGUUGACCGGAAAUCCCAAGUUCAACCAUAAUCAGAUGGAAACUGUUGUCUUGGUUAAAUGUAAAAUCAGCGUGAAAUCUUAUAAGUACGAUUUGACUGACUUGAACGACGUAUUCGCUGCACUGAAAGAUCUCUUCCGCGUGGCAAAAGCCGUGGUAAUUAAGGAGUGUUCGUUCGCGUGUGAAAGCAGUGGCGAUUGGUCGGUUCCGGCUCCUUAUAUUGUGACCAGUUGUGUGGUGAAGUCGUACGAAGAGUUGAUUGCUUGCCUGGCGAACAUUGCGGCGAAUCGUCCAAAAUAUGAAAGAAGACGCAUCGUGGCGCAGGAGAGGAAGACCGCUGGGAUUAUUAUUGUGACCCUGAACCAUGCAGUCGUUGGGGACCUUGCCGUCCUUAUUGCAGUUGUGAUAAAGAAUACAACUGCUAACUCACUUAAAGGCAGGAUGCAGCGGAUUGAUUUGCAGUUUCAGGCACAAGUAAAGAAGUUCUACCUUUCGCGUUCAGACCAGCGGAGAGAAUUGUGCAGCCACAACAUCGUGGUAACUAUACUGUUUAAGCGCUAUAUUGUUCUUUUCGUUUUACUUGGACUGACCGCUACCUUCUGAAUGUUACGGCCUAAAGUAACGAAUUCUGUAAAUUCAGUUUUUUGCCUAAUAGCGGCGAUAAUUU